AUGGCCGCGGACGCCUACCUGUCCGACUGCGGCCCGGACCGCCGGCGCCCCCUCCCGCAGCGCCGGGCGGCCCCCUCCAGCUGCCCGCCAUCCCCACGCGGUGAUUCGGCCCCCGAUCUCAGAUCCAAUCUACGGGAGCCCCCGCGGCGCGGCACACUCUUCGUGGCGGACGUGCGCCCUCGCGUGACCGAGCGGCAGCUGUUCGAAUUGUUCGGCGCCCUGGGCCCGGUGGCCAGCGUCCGCAUCUGCCGGGCGAGGCAGUCGAUGUCGAUCCGGGAGCCGUCGAGACGGUGCGGGCAUGCAUACGUUAACUACCAGAGCUACGCGGAUCCGUCUGUUGUGAGGCGCGCCCUGGAGGAACUUAACUACAGGGAGGUGGGUGGUGGGGCGAUCAGGGUGAUGCGGUUCGUGAGGGACCCCGCGCUGAGGCGCCGGCUGGGGAAGGGGCUGUAUGUGAAGUACCUGGCGCCGGGCACGGGCACCAAGGAUCUGCACCACAUGUUCGCCCGCUUCGGGCCGAUCUUCGCCUGCAGGGUGCCCACGGAUGCGGCGGGAAAGAGCCUGCUGCACGGCUUUGUUCAAUUCGAGAGCGCCGCAGAUGCCGACAGGGCGGUUGAACAAAUGGACGGCGCGCCUUUGGGGGGCAAGAGGCUCUUCGUGACGCCGACGAUCGUCCAGAGAUCCGGGCAUGGUUUCACGCAGCUGUGCGUAAGGAAUUUGGAUUGUGGGAUCGACAACACUCGGCUGCGGUCCCUGUUUCGGCCGUUCGGGCCCGUGGCGGCGGCGCUGGUGAUGCGCGACGAGGCCUGGCGGUCCAAGUCGUUCGGCUUCGUCGAUUUCAACAGUCCAGCCGACGCUACGAGGGCCAUCGCGGGCAUGCACGACCGGAUCGUGGAGGGCAGGCGCCUGUCCGUGGCGCACGCCCGGCGCAGCGGCCAGCGCAAUGGGAUGCAGAAGUUCAGGGCGGACUUGCUCGCACGAGACGGCAAGCACCGCGACAGCAGCGUCUACGUGCGCGGCCUGCACGAGGCCAUCGACGACCGCAGGCUGCUGGGCAUGUUUUCCAGAUUCGGCACCGUGGUGGCCCAUCGCGUCAUGCGCCACAGGGACGGCGAGAGCCGUGGGUUCGGCUUCGUGUGCUUCGCCGGGCGCGAUCAGGCGCGAGCGGCGGUCCGCGGCACGCACGGCGCCACGGUGCGGGGCCAGCGGCUGAUCGCCCUCAUCGCCAGGGAGCACCAGAGGCAGAGGGAGCUGCAUGCAAGCGCGCCCCGCCAGCCUACCGGGUGCGCGACGACGUCCGAGGCCGAGGACGCGGACAGCGUUGCCUGCGACAGCGUGGGCUACGACUCAGACUGGAGCGUCCUCCGGGGCUCCCGCGCCUCCAGCGUGGCCUCGCUGCCGGUGCGGCCCGCAUCAUCCGCCACCCUUAACUAUUUUCGCCCCCCCGCGCCCGUCCACGUCGGGCCGCCAAAGACGGCCACACGCGACGACUCUCGCCGCCCAGGGUCACACCAGAUCCCCCCGGGGCUCACACCGAGCAGCCUUCCCCACAACGGAAAAAUGCCUCCGGGCCUCGGACAUGAAUAUUUUGGAGGCGGCGGGACCCCGCACAUGCCGCCCGGGCUCGGAAACGCGCCGUGGAACGCGCCGAUCACGGGAGGAAACAGGGACUAUGCUCUGGGCCCCAAGGCUCCGGGGACGGGGAUCGGCGCGCCGGCCCGAGCGCCGCGCGGGGCGUUUGUCGGCGACCUGUCCCCCCGCGGCGUGGCGGCGCCCCCGGCCGUGGGCGCCUACAAGGACGUGCCCUACGAGGAGCUCGACGACCAGCACUAUCUCGCGGACAUCGGCGAAUCGGAUUUCGACCGCAUGUCGGAGGACGGCAGCAGGCGGGGCUGGGGCCGGAGGCCCAAGAGCGUCGCCGCUGACGACGGGAGCGCGAGCGCGGGCUGGGGAGGGCGAGCGGGGCGGGACCCCCAGGGCUGCGGCAGGGCCUGGUGUUGA